AGUGACCAUGAUAUUUUCUUUCUAAUUUUCUUGUUGUCGUGUUUCUCAUUCCUUUCUCUUUGCGUUGUUGUUCCGCUUUGUGUCCGAAUCACACAUCCCCUUUUCUCUUCUCUUCUCUUCUCUGCUGUCACCCUCUCGUUACUCCAUAGUCAUUACUCAUCAACAUAAAAGCCCUUCCCUACUUCUCCCUCCCUCUAUCUCAGUCUCAUUCAUUCAUUCAUUCCUCUCUCUCUUUCUCUUUGGAACCUUCUAGUGCUGUCUUUGAUGGGAAUCAGCUUCUCUUCCUCUCACUCGUCACCACCGUCACCGUCACCGUCACCGUCGUGCGGCAUGGAUGAGUUGCCGGAGAGCUGCGUGGCUCUGAUCAUGGAGUACCUGGACCCUCCGCAGAUUUGCAAGCUCGCCACCUUGACCCGCACUUUCAGGGCUGCCUCCUCCGCCGAUUUCGUUUGGGAAUCCAAGCUUCCUUCCAAUUACCACGUUCUUGUUCGCCAAAUCUUCAAUGGUUUACCCACCGAUUUCAAAAAUGGAAAGAGAGGCAUAUACUCUGCGCUCUGCAGAACCAAUACCUUCGAUGGAGGCACCAAGAAACUUUGGCUGGACAAGAACAUAGGGAAGCUUUGUAUGUGUAUAGCAGCUAAAGGACUGUCAAUAACGGGUAUCAGUGACCGAAGAUAUUGGAAUUAUAUACCAACUGAAGAAUCUAGAUUCAGUACCGUCGCAUACCUUCAGCAAAUCUGGUGGUUUGAAGUGGACGGAGAAGUGGAGUUCCCAUUCCCAGCCGGAACAUACAGCUUGUUCUUCAGACUACAUCUAGGGCAACCCUCCAAGAGAUUUGGCCGACGGGUCUGCAACACGGAACAUGUUCAUGGUUGGGAUGUAAAGCCUGUAAGGUUCCAGCUAUGUACUUCAGAUGGCCAGUUUGUUUCAUCCCAGUGUUUUCUGAGAGAACCUGGCAAAUGGAGCUUCUACCAUGGUGGCAAUUUUGUUGUGGAGGAUGGAAAUACAUCAACAAAAAUUAAAUUCUCCAUGACUCAAAUUGAUUGCACACACACCAAAGGGGGGCUAUGUGUAGAUUCUGUGCUGGUGUAUCCAAGUGAACUCAGAAAGGUUAAACCGUUUUUAAGCUGCUCUUAACCUUUAUAGUGAAAGUAUAUGUAGUAGUUAAAAAUAUGGGGAUAUAUAUUUAGAUAGAACAUAGGUUGGGGUCAGGAGGAAUAAAGAAUCAAGUUUUUAGUAUGGUUCUUUAAGGGGUUAGAAUUUUUGAAGCUGAUGUAGAUAAAUGUGGAAUCUGGUGAUGAGUCUGUAACAUUCUAUCAUAGUUUUUCUUGUAAAAUGCAGAAUAUUGUAUUUUGUGGCAGAUGAAGUGAAGAAUGAAUAUUAGCAA